AUGUCCAGCUUUAAAAAAGCAGUGGAUAUUUGGUACAAAAACGUCUCAAUAUUAGGAUUAAUAAAAGUACUCAAAUUCAUAACCGCUCAUUACUUUUACACUGGUUCGUGCAAAUUCGUGAAAUGUGUUUAUUUAUUGUAUUGCAUUGUCCUGUGUGUAGUUUCUGCAUACGGCGCAUUUCCUUUAAUACCGUUCAGAUCUAUUGAAUACGUAUUGAGUGUUAUCAUUUCUUUGUUAACUGCUGACGAUUAUAUCUUUAGAUAUUUUCGUUCUCUGGAAACACUUGAUGUUGUGAUGGGAAUCAAAUCCCGUUCUAUUUUCAACAACAAAGUGAGGUGUUUAGUCGCCUAUAUGACUUUGUUUAGAAUAUUGUUUCUUUUUAUCCAUUAUUCUGGGGACGAAGAUGUUUAUUCCUUAUUAUCUUAUAAUAUACCAUUGUUGAACCAAAGAAUAGAUUCUUUUGUUUCGGUGGUAAUUUUCUACACUCUGUUGGUGCGUAUGAAAAUUUUGAGAGUAAGAUUUGAGAGGAACCCUAUACCGAUUAAUAUUGUGAACAAGAAUAAUGUGAUGAACAACAUCAAGGAAGUGAGGCGAUGUCUGCUGGACUAUAACAACUUGCUCGACAACUUUCAUGAUAUAGAAGAAGAGUUGCAGUAUCUGAUGGCCAUUAUCAUCAUUUUCUGUAUGCCGAAGCUCAUCACUUUAGACGUCGAGUUGAUAGGCAGUGUUUUACUUGAGACGUGGGACUUUAGUAAAUUAAUGCUACAGAUUGAGGUCACCCAAGGGUUCAUUCUGGUGUGUUUGCCAGCUGUUAUCGCUGACCUGAUAAGGCAUGAAGUGGCCAAGUUAAAAAAAACCCUCUUAAAACAAGCUAUUAGCUGUUCCGACGAAUCCCUGCGCUACGAGUUGGAGUUGGCUCUUGAUUACGUCACGCGACGUCCCUUCAACUUCGUGCUGUUUGGUGCUGUGCCGUUAAACAUGGAUGUGCCUGUAGGCAUCAUCUCCACCUGCAUCACUUUCAUCAUUGUCACGAUCCAGUUUACACACUUUAAUAACAUUUAGUUUCACGUUAAAUGACCUUAAA